AUGCGCACGCCGGAAAUGAAGAAGAAAGUGGCGAAGGAGAUGGGACAAGCGAGAACUGACAUUGACGCCCGCCUCGUGCCGCAGGGCCCUAAUGUCACUCGCCAUCUGGCUUUACCCCAGCAGAGCAAGUCUUUGGAAUGGAUACUGGACGAAAUGGCGACGAUGGACAACGAGUCCAAGUCGCAUACCAAUUAUCGCGAGGGCAAACUAUCUGGUGCCGUCUACCAUGGUGGUGAAGAUAUGGAAAAAGUCAUCAUCGCCGCUUUCCAGCGCUAUUGCGUAUCCAACCCACUCCAUCCGGACGUGUUUCCGGCUGUCCGGAAGAUGGAUGCGGAGGUCGUGGCCAUGUGCCUGCGAAUGUAUAACAACCCGGACGGUGCUGGGGUGUCCACGUCAGGAGGCACGGAAUCCAUCAUCAUGUCUGUCAAAACGCACAGAGAUUGGGCUCGGGCUGUCAAGGGCAUCACAGAGCCGGAGAUGGUUGUACCUGCAUCUGCGCAUGCUGCAUUUGACAAGGCCUCUGCAUACCUCAAAAUCAAACUCCACAGUAUUCCCGUCGACCGAAUCACACGUCAGGUCGAUUUGAAGCGGAUGUUGAGAGCAAUUAAUACAAACACCAUCAUGAUCGUCGGUUCCGCGAUAAACUUUCCCGACGGCUGCCAGGAUGAUAUAGUCAAGCUCGGAAAACUGGCUAAGAAGUAUAACAUUGGACUUCACGUCGAUUGCUGCCUAGGAGGUUUCAUCAUGCCAUUCCUCGAAAAGGCCGGAUUUCCUGUGCAGCCGUUUGACUUUAGGGUGGAGGGUGUUACUAGCAUCAGUUGCGACACGCACAAGGCAAGAUACUUCAAUUCUCUCCUUGGUUGGCAUUUGUCUCACAUCUGUCUCCUUGGUUCCUCGGUUAUCAUGUACCGCACUCCAGAACUUCGUCAGUACAUGUACUACGUGAACCCUGAGUGGUCAGGUGGCGUCUACGCCAGCCCUGGCUUCUCCGGAUCAAGACCAGGUGCCUUGAUUGCUGGUGCUUGGGCCGCGAUGCAAUACAUGGGCGAAGAAGGCUACGUCGCAUCAUGCCGCGACAUUGUGGGCGCCGCCAAAAGCAUCGAGCACACGAUCAAAUCCGACAUUCCAGAGCUUUAUAUCCUCGGCAACCCACCGGCAUCGGUUGUCGCGUUCGGCUCGCGAAGGCCUGACGUGAACGUGCUCGAUGUCGGAGACGCAAUGGCAAAGAAGGGGUGGCAUCUGAACGCGCUACAGAACCCUCCGGCGGUACACAUCGCGUGUACGCGUUUGACUGUGCCGGUUGUGGACACGUUCAUCCAGGACUUGAAAGAGUCCGUACGUGAGGUGAAAGGCAAGCCUGCAGGCAAGGGAACGAUGGUAGCCCUCUACGGUUUGGGGCAGUCCAGUGCGAUCGGCCCGAAGAUGGUGGGGUCGCUGGCUAGCGCAUUCUUGGACGCUUUGUAUAAGGCAUGAGUGUCCGUGGAGCGAGUACUUCGUGUGAGUACGACUGGCGAUGGACUUGGUUAGGUUUUGCUAUUACUUAUCUAUGGUGUAUCUCUUUGAACGUGGGUUCUCAAUUGGACUUAUGGAUCCAAUAGAACGUUGCCAUACUUGGGUUGGCGCAUGGUUC